CGGAAGUGAAGGGUCCUGAUGUGUUUCUGGAGUGCAGGAGGGUUCCGAUAAGACUCUGCGGUGUUCGGCUGGAUUUCCUGCUGGAGAAAAUGGACCCAUUAAACAAACUGAAGCAGUUUGACGCUUAUCCUAAAACUUUGGAGGAUUUCCGGGUGAAGACGUGGGGAGGAGCGACCGUGACCAUCAUCAGCGGCGUCAUCAUGUUCGUUCUGUUCGUCUCUGAGCUGCAGUACUACCUGACCAAAGAGGUCCACCCGGAGCUCUACGUCGACACGUCGCGAGGAGACAAACUCAAGAUCAACAUUGACGUCAUUUUCCCUCACAUGCCCUGCGCCUAUCUCAGUAUCGACGCCAUGGACGUGGCCGGAGAGCAGCAGCUGGACGUCGAACACAACCUGUUCAAGCAGCGGCUGGAUAAAGAGCUGAAACCCGUCAACACCGAGGCAGAAAACACGAUGGUUCUGUGUUGUGCAGAACUGGGCCAGGCUGAAGACGGGGAAGCGUUCGACCCGAGCACUCUGGACCCGAAUCGAUGCGAGAGCUGUUACGGUGCCGAGACCGAAGACCUGAAGUGCUGCAACACCUGUGACGACGUGCGAGAGGCGUACCGGCGACGCGGCUGGGCCUUUAAGAGCGCCGACACCAUCGAGCAGUGCAAACGCGAAGGCUUCACGCAGAAGAUGAUGGAGCAGAAGAACGAGGGCUGCCAGGUUUACGGCUUCCUUGAGGUCAAUAAGGUGGCAGGAAAUUUCCACUUUGCUCCAGGAAAGAGUUUCCAGCAGUCACAUGUUCACGUGCACGCUGUGGAAAUUCAUGACCUGCAGAGUUUUGGUUUAGACAACAUCAACAUGACCCACCUGAUAAAGCACCUGUCGUUUGGUAAAGAUUACCCCGGCAUCGUGAAUCCGUUGGAUGGAACCGACGUCUCGGCGCCGCAAGCAUCGAUGAUGUACCAGUAUUUUGUGAAAAUUGUUCCAACCAUCUAUGUAAAAACAGACGGAGAGGUGGUCAAAACGAAUCAGUUUUCCGUCACCAGGCACGAGAAAGUCGCCAACGGUUUAAUAGGAGAUCAGGGUCUGCCGGGCGUCUUUGUUCUCUACGAACUUUCACCCAUGAUGGUCAAAUUCACAGAAAAACACAGGUCGCUGACUCACUUCCUGACGGGCGUGUGCGCCAUCAUAGGCGGCGUGUUCACAGUGGCCGGUCUCAUCGACUCGCUCAUCUACCACUCGGCGCGUGCCAUCCAGAAGAAGAUAGAGCUGGGCAAGGCGUCCUAACGACGGCGCCCCCAGUGGCCGCACAGACCGAGACGCUGAGCACCCAGAGGACAGAAACGGGCGGCGAGGCGGGGGGAGAAACUUGCCUCUUCUCCAUGAACUAGACCUGAAACAAACCAAGAGAGAAAUCCAGAGCGGUGGAGCUGUUUGGAUUUCCUAUCUGCCGUUUGGAGACGGACGGGGCGCGGGGGCGGAGCAACGGGAGGACGCCGCCACCAGGAGCAAGAAGCCGCUCCAUCGCUACGCUCAGCGUUUGGUAGGAGAGCAAGGAGCAGCAGAGACCUUAGUUUACCCCGACGGACAUUUUUAAGCUCAGAUAAUUUAUUCCAUCUUCUCUGACUCGCAUCGUUCAGACUGUGGCGUGAAUCCUUCCAACCCAACACAGCCGCUCAGUGUUCAGAGGAAACCCAGCAGAGGUCCUCCUGCAGCACCGCAAGGUAUUAACAAGGAGUAGAAGAAGAAGAAACGGCUCAUUAAACUACAAAAACAGCUGCUGGUUGUCACUCCUUACCGCACUGCAAAACCAUAAAAUUAACCAAGUAUUUCUGGUCUACAGUCAAGUGCAAAUUUCUUCACUUGAAAUUAGAACAAAUGAACUUACAAGUAACUUUUGAGCAAGGUAAAGGAGCUUGUUUUAAGUAAAUAAGUACUAUUAAUUUAAACACAUCAGUAUUAAGGGUAUUUUCGAGUGGAACUAGGAAAUAUCUUUCUGAUUAUUCCACUUGAAAUAAAACAUUUAUGUUAUAAAUAAAAUAAUCUGCCAGGAGAUCUCGGACUUUUUAUCAAAAUUUAGGAAUUAUUGACUUCAAACCAGCUGGUAUUUCUUGCUUAAAAGUUAGUUUUAUCUUAUUUCAAGUGAACUAGAAACUAAACGAAAGGUUCUGCAGCUUCCUGGGGUUAGACGCCGGGUCAGAUCUGGUGCCGUCUAUACUGGGAGAUUCUGAUCCUUUGGACCAGCCGAUCAUUACAUCUGGUUUCAUAUGAUGUUUCGGAAGGUUGAUAGUUAGAACCUGGAUCAGAACUUCGAGCCUGGGUUCAGUCCAGUUGUGACGUUUUUAUAAAAGCAGGAAUGUGCACUGAAUCGUGGCUUCGUUCUGUAUUUCCUGUUGAUGUGUUAGAACUGGACCGGUUCCGGUCCAGUAUUCCCUCUGUUGCUGUCCCUGUCCUCUCAGAUCCAGACGAUGAUUCAGUUGUCGAUGGUUUGCUGCUGCACGUUUCAACCUUUAGAUCAGGGCUGUGUGUGUGAGAGAGACGUAUUUAUAUUUCGAAUGUCCACAAAAUGUUUUUAAAGUGACAAAAUAAAUGUUGAAUUAAAGCAGCUUCUGCUUCACCUAAUGCUUA